GUUGAGCUGAUGAGGUGAGCCAGAGAUCGCUUUCGAUUCCCAAAGAAACAAUUGAGUUAUUCCUGCGAGCAUUUUUCUGAAAUCCAAAAUGGCCGCAUCACACACUAUUCUGCUUCUGCAGCCGACGCGACGUUCAGAUAGCCGCACGUACGCUGAUUUCAAUUCGAAAACCGAAUGUUUAGAGGGAGUGUGCAAGAUGUUUGAGGAACAUCUGAAGCAACAGAAUCCCAACAGUCCUUCUAUCACGUACGACAUCAGCCAGCUAUUUGACUUCAUCGACCAUCUGGCAGAUCUAUCGUGCCUAGUAUUUUCUUCAAAGACUAACACGUACAUGCCUUGCAACAAGGACUGGGUGAAGGAGGAGAUCUAUAUCAUGCUGCGGAAACAAGCCGGGCAGUAGUAGUGUUGCUACCAGCACAGCUGUUUGUGGAUAUUCGGUGCAGCCCUGCUGUGCGAUCCCCGUGCUUCUCUGUCACUGGCAAUGUGCCAGUUUAUGUGGCGAAUCCGAAGAAUGAAUGCAUGCACAGUGCCCUGAAAGAGAAGGCUCUUUCCACGGCGCUUUGGAACAUGCCCGUUUCUGAAUGUGUGUGUGACCAUGCUUUCUUGCUUGAUACAUGGAUAUCACGGGCACAUUCUGUCUUGUGAACAUUUGACUGUACAAAAGAAACUCCCGAUUGCUUGUAUAAAUUUGCUUCUAUGCUCUGUGCUCCCAUUCCCAUGUGGUCCUGUGGAUCAUGUUAUCUUUGUUGUUGAGUAACUUUGCUGCCUGGUGCUGCUGCUGCCGCUGUUGUCAAGAAGUGUUAGGCAUCGAGACCUGCCCACCAUGUUUUUCGUUUCACUGCUAGCUGCAUCUGUUCUUUGCUCCUUUUGUGGUGGUUAUUAGUCUGCAUGUCGCAUUUGCUUCCCACUGGGUGCGCUUAAUCCCAAGUCUUGGUUGCAUGCUCAUUGUAAUAUUGGCCUUCUUAGCAGGCGAUAAUUCUUGUUGCCAAUGGGCAGGUUUGCUGUCAUGGGCCAGUGGGUUUUUUUUUCUCUGAGCAUCUCUGCUCUUGCUUUGUUUUAAGAUUGUGCUGUACAUGUACGCGGUGAACGAUGACAUUUGAAUUCUA